AUGGCCUUCUCUUCACGAUCGAUACCGUCUGGGCACCUGCGGCAGACAUCUGUGCCUGGCGCAUCGACAGGCAUGUCGCUCCAGGCGCGCGUCAACGAAAAGCGCGAGGAGCUCGAGAACCUGAAGCAGCUGCGCGACCUCAGUGCUGCGGUGGCCUCGCAAAUGGAGGCGCUCGAAGAGAAGCUAUCGACACUGUCUGACGGAACCGAAGGUAUGCAAAUUGAGCCACGACAGCACCGGAUGCUCUUGACCGGUUCGAGACUGAUUGCUAACAGUAGCAUCGCAGCGAUUGCAACCGUGAUGGCCAACUGGCAUAAUGUGCUGCGGGCAAUCAAUAUGGCAUCAACAAAACUGCCCCGGGCGCCGACAGAGAACGAGGACAGCUCCGUUUCCCUUCCGCAGAUGCUCGUGCGCAUUCCCACGGAACACGCUCCGAGCCUGCAAGCACAAGCAGACGAGGCCGCUGCCGCUGCCGCUUUGGAAGAAGAGGGCGAGGCAUCAUGA